AGAUGAAGAUGACGUUUUCAGUUUUGGAUGAACUAUCCAUUUAAGGCCACUGCAGGUUGGCUUUACUUAAUGGAUUGGAUGGCUGCAGUUGCACAGGUAGUUCAGGGAGGCUCUCCCAAAUGACCUCCCAUGUACACAAGAAGCAAAAGACUGAGGAUCCUGAUGAAGAAGAGUCAGCAUCCGAGUCUGAAGUACAAGUUGGCACAAGUGCGGAGACUGAGAAGAACCCCAAAGCCAAGAAGAACCGCUGCUUUAUCUGCCGCAAGAAAGUUGGUCUGAUAGGCUUUGACUGCAGAUGUGGAAAUCUAUUCUGCAGCAUACACAGAUACUCAGACGGACACAACUGCCCCUUUGACUACAAAGCUGAUGCUGUAGAGAGGUUGAAGAAGGAAAACCCUCUCGUAGCUGGAGAGAAGAUCAAGAAGAUCUGA